GGAAGCAGCGCGGGCCUUGACCGGCGUUGGCCCGCCGCCUCUGCCGCCGCCGCGCCUAGACCCGGUUCUUCUGGCCCGGCCCGACCCGGUCUGGCCCCCCCGGGCUCAGCGGCCGCGGGGCCACGGCUCCCGAUGGAAAUUAUAUGAUAUAGACUAUUUGGGUGACAUCUUCCUGAAAGAUCUUCAAGAAUUACAGAAGACAAAAACACUAAUGCAUUUGAGAAAGUGGUAAAGUUUGUGGGGAGGGGAAAAAACUGCUUUCCUGAUCUGCAACUCGUCUGGAUGUUAAGAUGUCUGUGGACAUGAAUAGCCAGGGGUCUGACAGCAAUGAAGAGGACUAUGACCCGAAUUGUGAGGAAGAGGAAGAGGACGAGGACCCUGGGGACAUAGAGGACUAUUACGUGGGCGUAGCAAGUGAUGUGGAGCAGCAGGGGGCCGAUGCCUUUGAUCCUGAGGAGUACCAGUUCACCUGCUUGACCUACAAGGAGUCCGAGGGUGCCCUCAAUGAGCACAUGACCAGCUUAGCCUCUGUCUUAAAGGCCGUUGAUGCUCACUGCCAUCAGCUGCAUCCUCCCUAUGGCACUGGUAAGUGUGGGAAGGGCUGGUGACAGUUUUGGUGGGCU